AUGACGAGUCUCACGCCAGCCGAGCAGUACGUACAGUCGCUCACGUAUGGACUGAUUAUUGGUACCGGAAUUCUCUCCAUCCUUGUUUGCAGCCUGAGACUGUACGCAAGAGCCUUCGUUAUCAAGAUUUGGGGUUUGGAUGACACGGCCGUUUGCAUCGCAUUGGUCAUCACACAAAUAUUUAAUGGAUUGGGAGUUGCGGUCGUUUAUUAUGGCGAGGGGCAGCACUAUGAAAAUGUCUCUGUGGAGAAUCGAGCAACUUGGCUGAAGCUCUAUUAUGCGGCAAUGGGUGCUUUUGACACAUCCGUCACGGAUGCUAAAUGUUAUUCUCAGUUCAAAUUAUACCAAAUCACUUUAUACCAAGCGGUGCUUAUCUUCGUCGCGGAUGUCGUCAUCCUGAUUGCCCCAAUGGCGAUUCUGAGCAGGUUGAACAUGCCAACGAGGAAAAUCGUCGCUUUGAUGGCAAUCUUCGGAACAGGUAUCAUAGCCUGUAUCGCGCCAAUUGUGCGCUUCAGUACACUAGACUAUCUACGUUACGGCACGACAGAUCUCACUUACAAAUCGGCACCAUCCCUAUACUGGAUGGCUAUUGAAUUCAACAUGGGUCUUGUCGCCGGCUCUCUUUCCUCUCUGCGCCCCUUGCCGUUCUUUCGCCGCUUUGGCUCGAGUGCAAACUCUCGCAACAAAACCUCGUCGGCUGGCAUAUCCCACGAACUCUACGAUAGGAAGAGUAGUAACCUCAGGGGCAGUGCGAAGAAGGACAGCUUCGGCAUGACCACGACAAUCUUGGCGGACACUGUGAACGAGAGCCAAGAACGAAUUGUCAACAUGUCGAGGGGGGAUUCCUCCUCCUCGCACCAGCAUGUUUAG